AUUAUAAUCAUUCUAAUUCCCACAACAAUUGGAAGCCAGGAAUUGGUUUCCAAAUACACCACAUCUUUUCCAACAGGAAAUCUCCAUCGCUCCUACAACAGUAACUGCUUUAAUUUCACGAAUUAGGGUUUCAAUUCGCAAUGCCCAAAUCAGUCAUCAAAGUGUAGAACUUCAAUUCAAUUCGCUUUGUUUAAUUUAAUGUUACUUGGUUAAUGCUGGUGAUUAGGGUUUUACAAAACCGGACCUCAUGUUGAGCUCCGCCUGCUCUUGCUCCUUUUCUCAACGCCCAAUUCUUGCACCUUCUAUCACAAAGUUUAGGGUUUUGAGACCUGGGAGCUCGUCAUUGACCCAGAGCUCUCGGAUCGUCGAGUCCAAUUUUAAGUCCUCCAAAAGCAAAAGGAAAAUUUCAUGCUUUAGGCAUGCGAUUUUUCCUUCAGAAAAUCCACAAUCUGAAUGCAUUGAGCAUUUUCUGCCUGAAGAAGUAGUAAAACCAGAUACUGAUAAGUCAAAUUCUGGCAAAAGAGAUUGGAAAUCAAGUCUCCUAGAGGUAAUAUCACUAUUCAACUUAAUUUGUCUUUACAAUGGCUAUUUUUCUGACUCCAAAAUAUGCUGCUUCCAACUAAUUUUAUGUGCACAAUUUAUUUCUUGUUGGUCAUUUAACAUAUCCUCAUUCGUAGAGAAAUUUAACCUUAAACAUGAUCACUGAUGCCGAAUAGAUUGAGAGUUUAUUUGAUUUAAAAGCUGAUAAUGAAGUGGGGUGUGGGGUAUGGGGAUCUGAAGUUUUCCUCUUGUUCAUGCAUUUGGUAAAGAACCAUCCUUUUCUUUUCUUUUUUCCCAUUUUUUCUGGCUGUGGCAUAUGUUUUAAUAAUCUGUUGAGGAAUGCUUCAAAGAAUUAGUUACGCAUGUUUGCAGGCUGCAGAUACAGCAUUGAGGGCAAUAGGGAGCCGUUGGACUGUACCAUGGUCAGCAGAAACAAUACUGCAGGUUAUGCUUCUGUGGGUGGCUGCAUUUUGGUUGAUAGGGUCAUGGAUGAUUCCUUUUGCAGCUCACAUGGCAGGUUUCAACAAGGGAUCUCUAACAUUCAGAGGGCAAGCUUUGUUCAGUCUUGUGACUGAUGUAACUGAAGGCCUUGCUGGAAUUGCAAUACUCCACUGCUGCCUAUCUCAGUUUCAUCCCCUUCCAUCUGACUGGUUUAGGUUUAGCUUGAGUGGAAACUGGCAGUUAGAGGUUGUGCUGGGAUGCUUCAUGUUUCCCCUGGUCAACCAACUAUCACAGUUCAACCUCCAUUUGUUGCGCCUCAUGCCAGCUACAGCAAUAGCUCCUUCAAGUGUUGAGCAGUCAAUUUUAGCAAGGGAUCCAGUCGCCAUGGCAAUUUGUGCAACGGUAGUUUCAGUUUGUGCUCCAAUAUGGGAGGAAAUAGUUUUCCGUGGUUUUCUUCUCCCUUCCUUGACAAAAUACAUACCUGUAUGGUGUGCCAUACUGGUGAGUUCAGUGGCCUUUGCUCUGGCACAUUUUAAUGUACAGACAAUACUACCGCUUAUUUUCCUAGGAAUUGUAAUGGGGGUUGUUUAUGCACGGUCAAGGAAUCUUCUGCCACCCAUGCUCUUGCAUAGCCUCUGGAAUGGUUUUGUAUUCUUAGGUCUAAUGAGAUAGCUCCUUAGCUUCCUAAGUAGCUCUUCAAUAGGUUGAUUCAAUCUGUACAGUUUCCCCCUCCAAACGCGAUAAUUAACUUCAUGCUGAUAAUUGGUCAUCUGAUCCUGUGAUUACUAGGAGAAUUGUUUUUGUAUUUGAUUAUCCCACGGACAAUAAUAAAAACCAAAGAAAGUA